UUCAUUUUACAACGUUAGUUUAUCAUUAACCGAAGACUGUCCUGGAAAUAUAUAUAAAGAUCACUUGCUAUUUCUAUGAACUGAGAGCUCAAUCAUGAUGCUUCCUUACUGUUUGUAUUUGACCUUAUGGAUGUUGUGCAUUGGACAAUGUAUGGGUCAAGUUUUGCAGUUUCCUGACUCAUAUGAUGGGGCAGUAGGAGAAAGCAUAGUGUUUGCCCCUGACAAUCCACCACCCACUUCUUCAGCGUUUUGGCUAAUUAGAUGGAGUUUUGGAGAACAACCUGUACUUACCUCAACCCCUGCUGAAACUAACAUACCACCAGCAUAUACAGACAGAGUCACUGUGGACACCACCACUCAUGCUUUGAUGCUCAUGAACCUGACAUUCAGUGAUGCUGGGACAUAUGAGCUGUCUGUACAAACUGACACAAUCUAUAAAGGACAAACUUCACUGGUAGUCUACAAAAAGGUGUCUAACGCCACACUUAUUGGUCCAGGAGAGUUAUUAAUAGAGCGGAAAUCAAUUGCUAAGAUAACCUGUGAAGGAAACGGUGACAUCACCUCUGUGCAGUGGAUAAAAGAUAAUGAUCCACUGAAUCCCAGCGUCAGCGUCAUCUUCUCAUCUGAUAACAGAUCAGUUUCCAUCGAUCCAGUGUUCAGAUCCGACAGCGGGGAAUACCAGUGUACUUUGAGAAAUCCUGUCAGCUUUGAGACCAAAAAACUCACCCUUAUCAUCAACUAUGGACCAGAAAAUGUUUUGAUUGAGGGUCCAAAUGAGGCGGGUUUAGGGAGUCUGGUGUCAUUGUAUUGCUUUGCCACAUCUGUACCUUCUGCUUCAUUCACCUGGAAGUUUAAUGGAACAGACACCAGUGUAACCACAGAAAAAUUCACCAUAGAAAAGACCACCCUCACACACAGCGGAGACUAUAUCUGCACAGCCAGGAAUCAUGUCACAGACCAAAACGUUGACUCUCAAAGCCAUAUUUUAGAAGUUAAAGGUGGUGAUGGAGGAGGAGGGCUGACAACAAGUGCAAUAGUUGUGAUUGUGAUUGGUGUUUUAGUGGCAGUUGGAGGCAUUUGA